UAAUCCAGCUAGAGAGGAAUAAGUUCACGCUAUCUCUAGUGUAAUAUUCCAGCGAGACUCAAGCGAGCGUUAUUUUGAAGUGUUCGGGUUCAGUCUGUACUAGGCAGCUUAUGUUAGAAUAAAUGCUGUGUCAUGUCAGUGCCUCUGGACUGUGGAGGAAACCAAAAAAAGGUGGCAAGAUGUGCAGAGCAUCAUAAAGAAGAAAGAAUCUUCAAAGAAGAGGGAGUUAAUAAGGACGGGUGGUGGCCCCCACCAGUAGAGGUGCCAUUUAAACCUUGGGAGAAAGUUGUACUGAGCACAAUAACACAUGACGCCAUACAUGGCAUUGAAGGUGCUGCAGACACUGGGCCUGACCAUACUGGAGAUAAGUACAAAGUGAAGAGUGGUGAUCUGGGACAUGCUCCGGGACCUAGUGGUGAGAUGGGAUCUGCUCCGGGACCUCCUUCGGGACCUAGUGGGGCUGUAGUAAUAGGUGAUGACCAGCUGCAAGAUGCUCUUGAGGAAGAGGAACAUGAAUGCCCAUUGGCCAUGGGUGAUGUUGUAAAAGGACGAAAAAAGAGGAAGGCAGUGGAGGAAUCCAGUGCAGGUGAUGAAGAGGACACGCCAGGCAAAACACCCCGGAAUCAGAAUAGCACUAGUGUCAUCACUAAUUACCUAAAGGAGAAAAAUGACACAUAA